AUGCCCUCCCGUCGCAGUCACACCAAGUCCCGGAAGGGAUGUCUCCAAUGUAAACGAAGACAUGUCAAGUGCGACGAAGAUACCCCCAAGUGUGGUCUCUGCAAAAAGCGAAAGCUGGACUGUACCUAUCCCCCACCCACCAGCGACGCCGACAGCCAGCAACUGUCCCCGUCCCGGGAUGGAGUGGAAACCGGGUCGACCGGCGAGCUCCCGCUGCCCACGCGCAUGCUCGAAAUGCGACUAUUCCAUCUCUAUCUCACCGAGACUUACGUCACCGUCUCCCAGGGCGAGCUCGACGCCGACCAUUUCCAGCGCAUCGUGCCGCGCAUGGCCACUGCGCAUCCGUACUUGCUCGACGCCCUCCUCGCCCUCACGGCGCUGCAUCAAGCGUCAAUGGAACCCGGCGAUAACCGGCCGUGGCUUGAGGCCGCGCUGAAAUACCAGAGUCGGGCGUGUUCCGCGCUCGGCCAGGUGCUCGCAGACUUUACCCUGGACAACUGCGGACCCGCUUUUAUCUGUUCCAUCUUUAUCAUGCUUUCUGUCACGGCAUACCCGUGCAUCACCAGGGACAGCUACAUGUUUGACCCGCUCUCACAGGUGCUGGAAAUUCGCCGGCUGAUCGCCGGUUGCUCGUUUCUCUUCCAGCAGCUUGGGCAAUUGGAGCAUCCCGGGGAAAUGCAGAAGUGGCUGCGCUACAAGGAGGAUGAUCAGUUGGAGGAGGAUAGUAAACUGGAAGAGUAUGUUUCGCUUUCUGGGAUCGUCUGGAUGAAAGCUGACGAGUUUAGGGAGUACCAAGUAGCUAGUUUCCAGCAACUACGGAGUGAACUGGCCGACUCCCUACAUCGCGUGGAAAAGAAGAUUGAGGCCCUUGACGAUCCGCACAAAACCACAUACCGCAACACCUGGGCGUUUCUCCUAGAAGCGGUGAAUCGAUGGCCCUGGGGCCGGCCAAACGGGGGCGUCAUCGCCUGGCCGAUCAACAUCAGCGAGGACUACAUCGCGCUGCUGAAGCAAGGGGAGUGGCCGGCUCGGAUAUUAUUCCUACAUUACGGCGUCGGGAUGCACUUGUUUUCACAUCGAUGGUUUGUCCGGGACUGGGGCCGACGGCUGGUGGCCGCGGUGCUGCAGCCGUUGGCCGACGAGAUUCCCACCGAGUGGGCGGAGACGAUCGAGUGGACGAAACGCGCCGUGGGACUGGAUCCGUAG